ACGGAUAAGAACGUAAAUUAGCUAGGUGUGAAUGUCAUUCAUUGAGCUAGAGCUUUUCUGGUAGCUUAAGCUCCCCGCCCCCGACAGAGAUCUAUUUUUGACAUAAAACAUAGGAUCGUGACCGAAUUUUCAUAGAAUAUUAGUUGGACCUAGACUAGAUUAGAUUUGAAAGCUUAAGCUAGAGCUGAAUGAUCCGUAAACAGUGAUCGGAAAGUAGUUUGUUUUGUAAUUCCUAGAUUUCUCCUUCAUUUUAACAGCUAAAAAUGUCGGAUUGAUCUUAAAAUGUAGCUAAGACGUAGUUCUAAGGCAUAACAGAGCCCGAUUUUUCAUUUUUGUCUGUAUUUUCCAGCGAAAUAAAAAGUUUGCAAAAAGUUAGCGAAGUUUUUCUGCACUCUUCGGAAACCUUUUAUUUCCCUGCAAAGAAAGACAAAGAUGAAAUAAGAGUCAGAGUUAAUGAAAAAUACGCUAUAUGUCAUUUUUGUUUAUUUAUUUCUUCAAUGUGAAAUACAUUUACAAACCGAACUUUACUUCAGUUAAGAACAGAGGCCAUAUCAUUUAACCAAAGCCAAUAAGAGGCAGAAGGUACCGUCUCCUCAGAAAUGAUGAUUCUCGAAUAAAAAAGAUCGAUUUUGAGAUAAGCACAUGGAAAGAUAGCCUGAGGUGUCUACUUUCAGAAUCUGUAUCGCUUUCGGUUACAGAAGUAAUUUUUAAGUAGUUUAAGUAAACUAUUUGACUCUUAUAUUAAUUUAGCAAAUCGCUUCAUUUGGAUCACCUCAUGCUCCUCUUUUCAGCAUUUCUUCUAAUAGAUGUAUUGCUGACAGGUUGAUUUAUUUGAUAAAGAUCAUAGUUUUCAUUUAAAAACCAACAAAGAGAAUUACAAACAUAAACAGUUUAUGCCCAUAUUACUAAGUAAUAAAAAAGAACAACAAACAACACAGGAAAAACGCUACAAAAGAAAAUGUCAUUUCGGAUUCUGGCUUAGAUUGAGACAUUCUCGUAACAGCUUUCAAUCUCAGAGAACGAACUGGUUAUAGAACGGCUUUCCAAAAACCUAUUGAACGGGAGUUCAAAUUGAUAUCAAACUAGUUCCGUGACCAUCCGGAACGAGAUUUAAGAAACGGACCAGCUCAAGGAACCGAAGGGAGUUCAACUAUGUGUUCCACAGAACCGUCUAACCGGGCAUUCGAACGUCUGCGUUUACACUAAUUCCUAUUUGUCUUUUAUAAGCCUUCUCAGGGGCGAUUUCAUAAAAAGAUUUCGAAAAACAUCAAAUAGUGAAUAUAAUAUAUAUUAAUUAGUGGUACACAAUUACCAACAACAUUAGCACAAGAUGAAGAAGAAGAAGAAAUCAAUGAUGCCAAACAAGUACAAUUACCAAGUGACACGAUGGAUAAAGAUCGUACGUUGCUAUUGUCAAAAUGA